UAUCUCAGAACGAAACUUUCCUUUUCCACUAGAUAGACCCUAUAAGAUGCAGCAACAUGACCCAGAGGACGGACAAACAAGAACAACUCCUGAAUAUUGUAGGUAGCAAAUAUCUAUAGAAAAUAUGGUGGUGAAGGUGUAUGGCCCAACCUAUGCUUCCCCAAAACGGGUGAUGGUGUGUCUGAUUGAGAAGGUAGUUAAAUUUGAAACGGUACCUGUUGAUAUCUUCAAGGGAGAACACAAAGAUCCUGAGUUCCUCAAGUUGCAGCCUUUUGGAGCGCUUCCUGUUAUUCAAGAUGGUGAUUAUACUCUCUAUGAAUCUCGUGCAAUAAUCAGAUACUAUGCAGAAAAGUAUAAAUCCCAAGGGACUGACUUGUUGGGGAAAACAAUAGAAGAAAGGGGUCUUGUGGAACAAUGGCUUGAAGUUGAAGCACAUAACUUUCACCCACCAACCCUCAACUUAGUUAGGAAUGUUCUGUUUGCCCCAUUAAAGGGAAUUCCCUCAGACCAAAAAGUGAUUGAAGAGAGUGAUGAAAAGCUUGGGAAGGUGCUGGAUAUUUAUGAGGAGAGGCUGUCGAAGAGCAAGUACUUAGCAGGUGAUUUCUUCAGCCUUGCUGAUCUUAGCCAUCUCUCAUUUGGUCAUUAUUUGGUGAAUCAAACUGGAAGAGGGAAUUUGGUAAGAGAGAGGAAACAUGUGAGUGCUUGGUGGAAUGAUAUUAGUGGCAGACCAUCAUGGAAGAAGGUUCUUCACCUAUACAAAUACCCUGUCUAGAUCUGCUUAGUUCUACUUGAUAUCUGGUUUGAUGCAAGUGCCUUCAGAGUCAUCUAUUUUCUGCUUGCGAAUAAAACUGAGCCUAUCUGCAUGAUGCAGAACUCUAGUUUGUUUUCUAAUUUGCUUUUGUUUUCUAUACAAAACUAGUUAUUUACCCGUGCAACGCACAGGAGAGAAAAAAGAGUCGGUUUUUUUUAUCUGGUAAAAAUUUA